AUGGCGGGCCCAUCUAGUCCGUCUUCUCUUCGGUUUACCGGCUGCGGUGUCCGUAAUGGACACGGGUAUAAUAGUGGUAUCGGAGAAACUCUGCGAUCAAGGGAGCUCUACAAGUAUUUUUCCUCAACGCUACCCCCUAGAACGUAUUAGGGAGCUGAUUGCUUGUAUGUUUAAAGAUAUUAUCAACCCCCUAGUGGUAAUUCAUCUCCUACAUCUCCCGGCGGCCGAUUAGAUCAUCGAGAGGAUGAUGUGGGCCUAGAGGUGGUUUCUUCCGAAGACCCUGCGUUAUCUGCAUUUACCCUCUUGACUGCAAACUUGUUAAACUGCAAACGGUCUAUGAUAAGCCUGGUCGACGAUGAGCUUGUGUACAUGGUAGCGGAGUCUACUCGUUCGCUAUCCCUGACUAAACCCUAUACUCAUGACCCUGAGGAUGGCCUAUGGGUUGGUGGGUGCACGACCAUGCCCCGGGAUGGAGGGCUUUGUGAACGGACUAUCUCGCUUGCGCCACCGGAAGGGUUGGGGGGCGGAGAAGAAUGUAUUAUGAUCUUUGAAUUAGAGGAUAUGGCUAAGGAGCCAGAAUGGGAAGAUCAUCCGGACGUAUCGAAUUGGCCUUAUCUACGAUAUUACGCUGGAGCGCCACUUCGAACUAAGAAUGGCGUUUCGAUAGGAAGCGUAUGUGUGGUUGAUGAUAAACCCCGCCCUGGGGGUCUCAAAGAGGAGGGAAGGAGGACGAUGUCAAAGAUGGCAGAAAUAGUCAUGGAUCACCUAGAGAGGGUGAGGGCGGAAAACGAGAUGAGGCGAGGGAAGAUGAUGGGGGUUGGAAUGUCGAGAUUUGUGGCGGCAAAUUUCCUGCAAGCUGGAGCUGAGUUUGGAGAUAUAAGAAAUGAUGGGCGCUUGCGGAGCGUUGGAGGGAACAUUCGGGAGGAGAAACUGGCCGAGGCGGAGCAGCUGGUGUGGGCGGAUGGUAUUCGCGGUCAAGAUCAUGGGAAGGUGGAUCCUGGAUGUGAAAAAGAGGUGAUUCGGCGCCAGCCAUCAAUCGAGUCUCACUGCAGCUGUAAACUAGACAUGCCUGAUCAAGAUCUUCCUGGAGCAGAGGACAGUAUCGAUCCGCUCUCCCCCUCGGAGAAGUCGCGCCCAGGUGGGGUGUUGUCUAAUUUUAGGUCUUCGCAAUUGCCGCUGUCGUUCCCGUUUCCUGAUAGGGAGGACUUCGGCUCACCCGAGGCUCCAUUCCGUAGCCCCAGAGCAUAUCCGCCAGAAUUAUCCCGUAAGCUAAGUUAUUGUUCUCAGUCAACUUCGGGACUUGCGACACUUUCAGGGAACACCUCAGGGUUUUCGGGCACCAACACCACCGCCCCUUCUGCAUCUCCUGCAGAAUCUCUAUCCUCGCCAACUUUCAAGGAGCCUGAUUAUGGCUAUCCUUCAGCUCCGGAAGCGCGGCCACGAUGUCGAGAUGGUGAUGAUGUUGAAAAUUCUUUCUUAUCUACCUUUGGCCGGGCGUCUGUGCUCAUUCGGUCGUCACUCGAAGCAGAUGGUGUGGCUUUUGUCGAUUGUGAUUUGGGGAGAAACUACGGAUUCGAGGCCAAUUUGGAAGAUGCGGUCGGUCAAAUGCCAAAGCCUGUCGAUGCAUACCGUGAUCAGAGGCCACUUGGGUGCCGCCGGGAGUCUGGGCUCUUUGGUUACGCUACGACAUCCAGCUCUUCCCUCGCCAAUACAUUGGAGGGUGGGGGAUUUUUUAGCAAUCGUGAUGGCGAAACUGAGGAGCUUCCUUUCUCCAUUGAAGCACUUAGCGAACCGUUUUUGCGCUCUUUGGUUGAUUGCUGCCCCCAGGGGCGCAUAUUUACUUAUAGCAAAGGAGCUGAUGGAGAAUGUGAAACGGUGGAACUAGAGUGCGAUAUUGGAUGUUCUGAAAUUGUGUCUACUAUCUCAGGUUCUGAUUCUACAUCAAUUCAUCCGGGGGGGAAGAGGGUGUGCAAGACGCAGAUAGAAACGUUAAAAAAGUUCCUGCCUGGAAGCAGAUCUCUUGUUUUUGUCCCACUGUACGAUUUUGACGGAAACCUUUUUGCUGUGGGGUUUGCGUGGAGUAAUUCUGGAACAAGGGUAUUCUGCAAGGAUAUGGAAGGUACAUACAUGAUAGCAUUUGGGAAUAGUAUUAUGGCCGAGAUUGGGCGCUUACAUUCAGUCAGUGGUAAGUUUCUCGCUGUCUUUUUAUUUUGUUUUAUAACUUUUGCAAAGUUUGAAGCCCUGAUAAUUUUUUGCUUUAAAAAACAGCGGAUAGGGCGAAAGGUGAUUUCAUAUCUUCAGUGUCGCACGAACUAAGAUCACCACUACAUGGGAUACUCGCCAGCGCUGAGUUCCUGUCGGAGACCAACCUCGAUAAUUUCCAGCGGAGCUUUGUGGACACUGUGGAGAGCUGUGGGCGUACGUUGCUUGACACGAUCAACCAUGUAUUGGACUUCUCAAAGCUUAAUAGCUUUGAUAACAGGUGGGGCGGAAGAGGCCGUGGUUCUAUUUUGGGGAAAGAAAGAUCGGUCGGAACAUGGAGUAGGCUAGGCGGUAGAUCGACUACGAAUGAUUCUGGGGGAAUACCUCCCUUGCGGGCUGGUGGAGAGAAAGAUGGUGGAGAUUACAAGGGGAGGCUUGGAUAUAUGCGGGACUUUGCUGGCUCAGCAGCGGAUGUCGACAACCUGACAGCGGACACUGAUUUGAGUGCAAUAUUGGAGGAGGUGACCGAAGGCGUGUUUGCUGGCUAUGAGUUCCGCGGCAUCAGUACCCCUGGAAUUAUGGAGGAUGUUGGAAAGGUUAGCCGUCUCGGGGCCGGUGGGCGGCAGAUUGUCGGAACGAAGAAUGACAUUACAGUGAUUAUGGAUAUAGAUAGACGGGAAGACGGGUGGGUUUUUCAGACACAGCCGGGCGCCUUGCGACGGAUUUUCUUGAAUUUGGGGGGGAAUGCCAUCAAGUAUACCGACUCAGGCUGGGUGAGAAUUAAGCUCAGGGCUGAGGAUCUUCCACCUAAUCUCGGAGAUGACGACGAGAAGAGCUUGGUCACUUUGGUCUUUACGGAUUCUGGAAAAGGGAUCAGCAGAGAGUUCUUGAAAACCAAGCUGUUUACGCCCUUUAGCCAGGAGAACCCAUUGGUCAGUGGAACCGGUCUGGGUAUGAGUAUCGUUCGGCAAAUCGUGGAAAUGCUUGGAGGGGAGAUUGAUGUGAAGAGUGAGCUUGGGAAGGGUACGGAGGUCACAGUCAGUUUGGUGCUGAGAAAAUCCAACAGGGGAAUUGCGAAGCCUGAUGCAGAUUGUGAUACUGGGGCGGGGAGGGAUGCUGGGGAUUGGGAGACCGAGAUUGAAAGUAUCCGGAAAAAGGGGCGUGGCAAGAAGGUUCGGCUGUUUGGGUUCGACUCACCAUUAGAGGCAGACAUUCAUACUGCUUCAAUCUCUUAUCUUGGAGGUUCGUUCAGUAGAUAUAUUUCUCACUGGUUUGGAAUGACUCCGACCGUGGAAGUUUCUCCGUGCGAUGCCAAUCCAGAUUUUAUCAUCGCUCACGAGGGGCCAAGGGUAGAAGAACACCUCGCGCGCCAAAUCAGAGGGUUGCCUGGAAUGGAGGGUGGCACGCCUCUCAUUGUCAUUUGUUCUAACGCUUCGCGACAUGAGACUUACCAAUCACUCAGCGGCAUCAACGGCGGAGGAAUUGUAUAUUUUGUGUCUAAACCUUGUGGACCUCGAAAGCUUGCCAAAGCGUUGGCUGCUUGUAUCGAGAAGGUGGAGACAGCAUCUCGCAAUUGCAAUGCUGCCUGCUUGCCUCCUUUAACAGUACCAGACACGGAUUCCCCAUGGGAGUCCACCAUUGGCGAAACCGGUCCCCGACCUACAUCGGGUUCUGGGACGGGGAGCGCGAGACCAGUAGGUUUUGGAAGGAUUUCAUGGGGUACGAGCAACAAUAAAGGCGCAUAUGAUACAAAACGGCCAACAGUGGAGGCCGAGUGUGAUUCCUACUCGACAUCACCGGGCCCACUGUGCCCGGCGCCGCUUGGCAAGGACGAGGGGCGGCCUGAGACUCUUCACCGAGAACUUUCGGCAUCGAGCGUGAGCAGCACUAUUAGCCUAGGAAGUACGCUUGUUGGUACAUUGCCAACAGCCUUGAUUGUUGAGGACAACCCAGUCAACCUGAUGUUACUAGCUACCUUCAUGAAAAAGCGAGGAUAUCCGUUCGAGAAGGCAACGAACGGAUUAGAAGCUUUGAGAGCUGCUGAAUCGAGACCUGGGGGUUUUGAUAUUAUUCUAAUGGGUACCGAUCUCGGAUCACUUUGCUCAACUUCAAUUCGAUGCUAACUGAUAGUUCAAACAGAUUUACAGAUGCCUAUCAUGUCUGGAAUCGAGUCCGCCCGUGCAAUUCGAAGGCUUGAGAAGCAAAAUAGGGCUAAAGGUAGUGUAAUCAUCGCUCUGACAGGAUUAGCUGCCGCUAGCGAUAAGGUCGAAGCUUACGCGGCUGGGAUCGACCUGUUCAUGGUAAAGCCGGUGAGCUUCAAGCAGUUGGAAAGCACGAUGAAAGAAUACGCAUUGAUUAGCGGGGAGGCAUAGAGGCUUUAUUUCUUCCUUUCCUUCCCUCUCUCUAUUUCCCCCUUAAAUACGCAUACUCUAGGUCGUUCAUUUCGUGAUGUUGUGGUCUGUGGCGGUAACGAUUGGUACUCUCACCUGCGGGCGUUAUUCUUUAUUUUAUUGGUGGACGGAUGGAGUUUUGCUCGAGGGUUUUGGGGACGCGUGCACCCGGAACUCGUUCUUUUUGCCUUUUCAUAUUUUAUUCCGCAUCAAUAUCACUUAAGUUUAUGCGAUAGGUAUCAUAUUAUAUGCAUUUACUGGGUAAA